ACUGUGCCCGUGCACACCAGCUACUUACAACAUUGUACGGAGCCGCUUUCAUCGAGUGAAAGUGCAGGAUACAGUGAAACACGUGCAGAGUGAAUCAUUCUAUUUAGUGAAUUACGUAUCAUAUUGUGAUGAACUGAGUCUUUUAUGACGCAUAUGUGAUUUUAAGGAUUGAAUUCGAAAUAUUUGAUAGAAGCCAUUUAGUGAUAGUGUUAAGUGAAAUAGCUUAGUGACAAAUACCAAUGUGAAGUGAUGACAAAGUGCAGUGUGACAACAUCACAAAUGAAGCGGCGCCGAGCGUGGACACAAAUCUCUUCAGGCGUUCAGUGAAACUUGCAUCAUGUUGCCGAAUAUUAUUUGGAUUACGAUUGCAGGAUGUAUCGUAUUUGUAUCAUCGGACCAAUUCUCCCCGCUCCUGGGUAUAACACAUGUCGAGCGCAACUGGUACGUCAGAUCCACAGAAAACCUCGGGGCCAUAGUCACCAGGGUCCAUAGAGAAGACACCGGAGCCAAUGUCACCUUUGAGCUGGAAACCAAGGGAGACCCCGUGCCUUUUACCAUUGACGCUCACACUGGGGUCGUCACUGUCAAUGAUACGCUUUUGGAUAAGGAAAACCGCACCUACUUGCUCUCGGUAAAGACCUUUGAUGGCUACAUACCACAACGAACCGAUGUACUAGCAUUUGUCGUAGACAAAAGUGGCCACAGGCCGAAGUUACCGCAUCCUCCACCAUUUGCAUUCCCAAGCUAUUCGAAUAUACCACUAAUACCAAAGUUUACACCUCAAAUGCCAAGUACCACUGUAGGUACAACGGAAUAUAUUGAAGUAUCUGUCACUUCACUUGUACCUGAAACAACUGCAACCACACUUAGUCCUCCUAAAAGACCAGAUGACAUACCAGAAGAAAACUCAAUGGAUAAAGAAUUAAAGAAAAUCAACAAAUCCUCAACACAAGACGACAUAGCAAGCAAUGACGUACCGUUAACAGUUAUACCACUGAUAGCUAUCGGCGGUUUGGUACUGAUAGUUGCUGUUGUCAUACUUUUUGUUUGGAAGAAAAACUCUAGUCCCAAUAAGAAGACCAAAAAAGAUGAUAUGAGCAAAGACUCGAGUGGCAUCGUCCUACAAGAUGCCUCCUCUAACUUGUGGGAUCGACCACGAGCUUACUCCAACCGUUACGAGUCGUGGGACAACAAUCAUUUACAGUUGUCACAAGAGACGUCAAUCACAAAAGAGGAACCUCGCGACGAAUGGGAAUUCCCUCGACAUCGGCUGAGGAUCUUCAACAUUGUAGGCGAGGGUGCUUUCGGACAGGUGUGGAGAGCUCAGGCCAUUGAUAUCGACGGUAAAAAAGGCGAGCAAACAGUGGCUGUGAAGACCCUGAAAGAAAACGCUUCGGAGAAAGAAAGAACAGAUCUGUUGCAAGAGCUCCUGGUGAUGAAGAAUCUUGGGACACAUCCUAAUGUAGUCAGACUCAUAGGGUGUUGUACUGAGAAAGAACCAACGCUUGUAAUAAUGGAGUUUGUGAGCCUGGGCAAGCUUCAACAGUUCCUACGCGACUCCCGCGCAGAGCGGCACUACGGAAACACACACGCCGGCAGUCAAUUCCUUACCUCACGUGAUUUGACGCACUUCGCCUUUCAGGUUGCUAGGGGCAUGGAUUUCCUCAGCUCUAAAGGGAUAAUACACCGAGACUUAGCAGCGAGAAAUGUUCUAAUCACAGAAGAAAGAACGUGCAAAGUAGCAGACUUCGGCUUCGCCAGAGACGUGGCGGGUACACACGUGUAUGAGAGAAAGAGUGACGGCCGAUUACCUAUAAGAUGGAUGGCUCCUGAGUCCCUUUACGACGACAUAUUUAGCGUUAAGUCUGACAUAUGGAGCUUCGGUGUGCUCCUCUGGGAGAUCGUGACCCUUGGCUCCACGCCGUACCCUGGAUUAUCAGCUGGCGAUGUAAUGAGGAAGGUACGCGAAGGUCAUCGUCUAGAAAAACCUGAACACUGCCGCAGAGAACUAUACAAUAUAAUGUAUUACUGCUGGGAAGCUGAACCGACAGCCCGGCCAGAUUUUAAGGAAGUCGUCGCCAUGCUCGAGCGGCUCCUCUGCACUGAAAUGGAUUACAUCGAACUGGAGCGGUUUCCGGACCAUUCCUACUAUAACGUUCAACAUUUGGACGGGGAGAAACUAUAGCCCUUCCUGUGUCCUGUACUUUAUACAGAAAUUAUGUUUAAUAGUCGUUUAUUAUGCAAGGCUGUAAAGUUGUUGUUUAACGCGACUGCUUGUAUUGAAACCUGAGCAAGCAAAGGAAGCUAAGAUAGUUCAAAAAUAGAUUCCAAGCGAAACACGCAACUUUUCACCUCACUAUGGCGAGAAAAAUGGUAUAUGAAAGAAAAACAGUUGAAUUAUAAAACAUCCGUUUUUUUUUAUUAAAACAAAAAGUUUAUCUUCGGAUGCGUUCUGAAUUUACACCUCAUCAAUUUUUAUUCUUGCUUAUACUUUUGCCAUGCCAAUGCCAACAAUAAUAAAAAUAAAAUAUACCAACUGUUACAUAAAUAAGCAUAAUGUACGAGAAAUUGCGUAGUUGAAUCUUUUUUUUUUUCAUUGAAUGAAA